AUGAAUUUAUGGCCCGCUUUCGUGUUCAGACACGUGCGCGUUUUGCGAAGAAGUAAGUUGCCUUCGCGUCUAGUACCAAUUUCGUGUACAUCGGGCCCGAAACUCCCCCGGGAUGAUGAUGAUGAUGAUGAUGAUGACGAUCGUGGUGAUGAUUAUGAUGAUGACUAUGAUGAUCCCAUGCUCAGUGGCAUACGCAUGCGCAUGCAGUCAAACGGGCAUGCGAGCAAGUAUGCGUCCGGAUAG